CCUGGGCUCGCCCGCCGGAACCAACUUGCCAUAGGCUGGGGCCCACGCCUUAGGGGUUAAUCCUUUCUCGUGUUCCCCGAACUGCUUAAAAGGAGGGGGCGGCCCGGCCUCCGCCUUAAUUGGGAGCCUUUGGUGUCUAUUCUCCUCCCUCCUAACUUGGUUAAGAAUGUCCCAUAAGAAAUCGCAGCUUUGUUGCAGAGCCAAUGUUUAUACUCAAGUGCCUGACGGUGGAUGGGGCUGGGUGGUGGCCGUUUCUUUUUUCUUCGUGGAAGUCUUCACCUACGGCAUCAUCAAGUCAUUCGGCGUCUUCUUCAGUGACUUAAUGGACAGUUUCAGUGAGUCCAACAGCAGGAUCUCGUGGGUCGUCUCCAUCUGCGUGUUCGUCCUGACGUUCACAGCCCCCGUCUCGACCGUCCUGAGCAGCCGGUUUGGACACCGCCUGGUGGUGAUGCUGGGCGGCCUGCUGGUCAGCGCGGGCAUGGUGACGGCCGCCUUCUCGCAGAAGGUCUACCACAUGUACAUCGCCAUCGGCGUCGUCUCUGGCCUGGGGUUCUGCUUCAGCUUUCUGCCGACUGUCACCAUCCUGUCUCAGUACUUUGACAAGAGGCGCUCUGUGGUCACGGCGGUUGCUUCCACAGGAGAAUGUUUCGCUAUGUUUGCUUUUGCGCCAGCCAUCACGGCCCUGAAGGAGACCGUCGGCUGGAGGUACAGCAUGCUCUUCGUGGGGCUCCUGCAACUCAACCUCGUGGUCUGUGGCGCGCUGCUCAGACCGAUCGUCAUCGUCGGCACACCGGGGACCCCCAAGACCCCCGCCCCCGAGCACCGGAAGGAAGCGCAGUACAUGUUAGAGAACGAGAAGACCCGCACCUCCAUCGACUCCAUCGACUCAGGAGUAGAGCUCACUACCUCACCAAAGAACGCGCCUGGCCACUCGGCCGGGGCGGCGGAGCCCGCGGCCGAGGUGCAGGCCCGCGGCUGGCCCGGCGCCCCGCUGCUGGACUUCUCUGUGCUGACCGAGAGGAGUUUCAUCUGCUACACUCUCUUCGGGCUCUUCGUGACGCUGGGCUUCUUCGCCCCGUCCCUGUACAUCAUCCCGCUGGGGCUCAGCCUCGGCCUGGACCGCGACCGCGCGGCCCUGCUGCUCUGCGCCAUGGCCGUGGCGGAGGUGUUCGGCCGCAUCGGGGCGGGGCUGGUCCUCAACCGGGAGCCCAUCCGCAAGGUCUACAUCGAGCUCGUCUGCGUCGUCCUGCUGGCCCUGUCCCUGCUCACCUUCACGUUCGCCACGGGCUUCUGGGGCCUCCUGGCCUGCAGCGUCUUCUCGGGGGCCAUGAUCGGGACCGUGGCGGGCACCCACAUCCCGCUGCUCGCCGAGGACGACGUCGUGGGCAUCCAGAAGAUGUCGUCGGCCGCCGGAGUCUACGUCUUCUUCCAGAGCAUCUCGGGGCUGGCCGGACCCCCCCUUGCAGGUCUGCUGGUGGACCAGAGCAGGAUCUACAGCAGAGCCUUCUACUCCUGCGCGGCCGGGAUGGCGGUGGCCGCCGUGUGCCUCGCCCUCGUGAGACCCUGCAAGCGGGGGCUGUGCCGCCGGCCCCGAGCCCGGGAGGGCACGGCCCAGGGUCCCCGCGGGAAAGUGUUGCAGGACAUCCCCGAAGACUUUCUGGAGAUGGACCUGGGAAAGACGGAGCACAGAGCCCCUGCGGGGACGGAGCCCGUCUGACACCCGCGUCCGGGGCGUCCGGGGCUGGGGAGGACCUGCGGUGGGGGCCGGCGGCAGGGCGGGGCACCACCCGCCCGCUUUCCGAGUGCACUUCAAAGGGAAUGUAUGCGUGAACCACUACCAACAUCCUUCUUGUUUUCUUCUUUAAGUUUUCUUUUUUGCUUGUUUUUUAUGCCAAAACAAAAACGGUGGAACACCUUUCUGUACAUCAGCCUGGCUGGAUUCUGUAGCAACACAAAGACACACAGGAGGAGUCUGGGUUACAUUCCGGCUUUAAAAUAGGGACAUGAAUUGGCAAAGUGGUUUGAAGAGCUCUCACAUUUGAUAAGCUACUAUCGUAGAAAAUGACAUCUGGCCCAGGCCACUGAAAUGAAAUCGGCCACUCGAAACAAAAAAACAACUUACAUCAUUUAAAAAUUCCUCAUUUUCAGAACUAUGAAAAAAUUGUUUAAAAUCACUAGAAAAAUUCUAAAAAAAAAAAAAAAUCUGAGGUUUCCAUUAACACAUUAGGGCCUCUGAAUUUUCCAGAUAUUCCAUGGAAACAAAGUACCAUUUAAGACCAAACCUUUGGCCAGUAAAUGGAAAUGUUUUAAAAUAUACGUAACUUGAACUUCAGAAAUGUGAAGAUGACCACUUCUUUGUACGGCCAGUCAUUUACCAGAAGCAUUUUAAUACAGAACACACAGUGUGGCAUUCAGAAAUGAAUUUCCUAUUGCUUUUUAAUUAUUCAGAAAUAUGUGAUUGUUGUGUCUUUAAUUUAAACCACUAUUUAUUAUUAAGUUAUUCUAGAAUGAAUAAAAUAAUCAAAAGAAAGAAAGUCUGAGACAUAAGCAGAAUUUUUACCUCCUUUCUGCAAUCCUUGACACACCUCUGAAUUCGUAAAGUUACUCUCUAAAAGGCCAAGUUGUAAGGAUUCUUCACUUUAAUGGCAAUGGUGUGUGAUUUAAAGGGGAGGGGGGGAUGAACAGCAAAUCGCCUUAGCUUUUUUAAAUGACUUGUUUUAUCACCUAAGAAUACUUGAGCAUCUCAUUUUAUCAGAAUUAUAUCUCAUUGAAUUGUUGAAACAUUCGCUUUUUCACGACCUCAGCGUUGCAGCGUUUCUGUGCCUCGCAUGGGGCAGCAGACGCGCUUGUCUCGCCGCGUGAGCUGCGUCCUAGAGCGCGUGGCUGCUGCGUGUUGCGGGGUCUCCAGGUGAGCCGGCCGCUGGCUUUCUCGGCGUCACACUACACGGACCGCAUUUCUCAUGUGCACGUUUUUUUUUUUUUUUCUGUAAAAGGGCAGGUCAUGAGGGGAACAGGUGGGCUGUGUACUCAUGUGUCCUGAAUCUCACUCUGCAGGUGAUGGUCAGAACCGCUGCCCCAUCUUUACUCAUUUUACUGUUCAUUUUUGACAACUCAGGGGGAAAAAAAAUUUAGCAAGCCUAGUUUGGUUCCAGGCACACACAAGCUUGAAUGUUUCUCUGCACUGAAAUGAAAGUGGCAUAGUUCACCACCGCCUGCUACAUUUUUGUAUAGCGUUGGGUCAGCCAUAGAAAUAGGACAAUCUGUAGACUCUGGGGAGGGCAGGGAGGAGGCCGGAGUGUCCGUCAAAGACAGACACAGCUGGGACGAGGCAGGCGGGGCAGAUGUCACUGCCCGGAGGGACUCGCAGCUUGUGGCACGUUUGCAGGCUUCAUGACUUCAGCACUUUACUACAUUUUUUACUAUGAAUGUUCGAUACAAUUUAAUAUUUAUAACUGGUUUCAGAGCAAUCUGCUCAAGACGUCCAUUCUGUUAAGUGCAUGGGGAAAAGAAAAAUGUAUGCCAAUUUCAGUAUGUCAGUAAAUCGAGGUUUUUACAUGUUUGGAAGAAAAUGAAAACAGGAUUGCUGAUUUGUUCUGUAUUCUGUGACAUUCUGGUACUUCUAGAUUUGCAAUAAAUGUAUGGCUUUUUUAUUUAGAGGGA